GCAUAGAUGCUAAAAAUGUCCGCGAUAUCAUAUACUCGGAAGCCCAAGGAAAGCAUUGAUUGUAUUAGAGAAAGUCUUGAGUUUGAGACCUACGAACAGUUUUGCCUAUGGCAAAUUGUUCAAGCUCAUGAUGUGCCAUUAAAAAGUAUUCAGGACCUACUACCAGAACUGGAAGCUGGAAGUCACCCCGAAGCAUUAAGUCACUUUCUAUUGUUGUUAAAACAUGAAGAACCAACGAAUGAAAUAAUUCGAUUAAUGCUUAGCAGAGAAGCAAAGUCAAGGGGUGAUCCCUUCGUAACCUCUUCAUUAAGAUCAAACCUGCUACGAAUGCUGUUACGACAAACAUGUGACUGUAAUGUGAAUAUGUGACCAACCAUUGCAAUC